CUGUGCGGAACUACAGAUGCCAUGUGUGGUGUAGUAGUGAGGACUCGUUUUCCUGCAGCACAGGGCUGUGGGCUCCAUGUGAGGAGGUAGAAGUUACAGACGUAUGUGUGUUUGAAACAUGAAGCGACUGUAUGUCGGUGGCCUCAGCCACACAAUAUCUGAAAAGGAUCUCCGAGAUCGAUUUGGAAAGUUCGGAGAGGUAUCUGAUGUGGAGAUUAUAACCAGGAAGGAUGAAAAUGGAUCUCCUCUGAAGACAUUUGGUUAUUUCAAUAUAAACACUUCAGAUUCUGAAUACAAAAGAUGCAUGACUGUGUUGAACAAGUCAAAAUGGAAAGGUGGCACAUUACAGAUUGAACUGGCAAAGGAAAGCUUUCUACACAGGCUUGCUGAAGAGCGUCAGAAAGCAGCCGAGAAGGCUCAUACACCGAUAACCGACCCCCAGGAUAAACUAGUGAAGUCUUUCAAAGCAGCUGGAGUUGAGAACUUCCACAUGAAAGCAGCUGUUCCAGGAACUGAAAUCCCUGGGCACAAGAAUUGGGUCGUGAGCAAAUUUGGAAGAGUCCUUCCUGUCCUUCAUCUUAAAUGUGAAGGGAAAAACAAGGUUAUUAAAUGUGAUCCCUCGAAGCACUGCCACAACAUUAAGAAACUGGACAUGGAUGAGGGCGUCAUCACUCCAGUGUCCAAACUGACAUGGCAGGUAGACGGUGGAUAUGACGAAAUCAGCAAAAAGAGGAGAGGAGAUUUCCCACCUCAGAAGAAAUAUCCGAAGAAGAUCAAAACAGAUCCAGCUAUAUAUGAUCUUGCUGAAAUAAUUAGUGAGAAAAGCAGUCCAGCGAAGAUUCUGGGACGUGAAAUUAAUUCUGCAAAGAAGUCUGUUCGUGGUUGGGACAGUGAUGUGGGCUCGGAUGAUGAAAUUAGGAUGCUGGUUGCACAGGAACGUUCAAGAACCCUUAAAACAACAUCCACUGAAGAGAACGAGGACAAUUUGGAAGUGGUUGGAGAUGAUUUUGUGGUGAAGUCUGAUAUGUUCUGGGGUGGAGAGAACGGUCUGAGAGCACAAGUAUCUUUGAAAUCUAAGGAUGAUGAUGAAUAUGACUCGGCAGACACGGACGAAAUUCUUACGAAGACCAAAACCCCAAGCAAAGCUAAGGAACUAAUGAAGUUUGGUAAAAAUUUGGUUAAUCAUGGUGGAGUUAAAAAGGUCAAGAAGAAGGCUGGAGACUCUCCACAGCCGGACAGAGAGUCAGAUAAUAGCGCUAAUAGUGAUGAGGCCGAUAAUAAGGACGAGUCUUCAAGUGAAAGUGUCGAGUCUGAAUAUGAGGCAAUGAUGGGUAACUGCUACAGGUUGGAUCUGUCUUUAGCGGAUUUGGAGAGUCUUGCCAAAAAUGCUGAAGAAGCUUCAGACGAUGAAGGGAGUGACGAUUCAGUAAGUGAGCCAGAAAUUCAGCCAGAAAGAUCUUCGUCCACUUCCGAAAAAAACAUUUCAAAAGCUGCGUCAAAAAAGGCUGGCCAUAAUCCGGAAGAUAUCUUGGCAUACCUCUUUGGACCUGAUGUUGACAGCAAGGAAAACAAGAAAAAAGCUCAAGUCAAACCAUCAACAUCAUCUCUUCCAGCUUUUAUCGGGACUAAAGAUCUUUUCGCUUCAAGUACAGCAACCUUAGCCUCUGGUCUUAAAAGACCAGCAGACAGACUAGACUCUGGAUCUGGAGAGGAACCCAAAAGACUCAAAGAAGGCUCCAGAACAUCUCAGAAGAACAGUAAAGAUGAGCCGUCCAAACCUUCAGAACUUCGAGACUUCAAGAAGUCAGCCUCUGUAGAUCCAAAAUUGGAAAACAAUGUCCAAUCAUCUGACAGUUCCUCAUUGGAAUCAAGUCCGUCCAGUGAGGAGAUGGAUGGCAGUAAGGAUUCUGCAUCCAAAUAUCAGAGAGUGACCAUACCUUCACCCCAAGUGGACUGCUCAUCUACUAACAGCAGCCGUGCGGUCAAUAAUGACGAGGACGCUGAAUGUAUCUCUACUGGCUUAACCUCCAAGAUCUUGAAUGCUAAACCUGCUACAAAUGCCUGUUCCUCAUCCAGUGACUCCUUAUCUGCAGAGGAUUCAGAGACGAGUGACGAAGAAGAGGAAGAUGAUGAGGACAAGGAGGAUGAACAGGAUAAGGAGGAAGCUAAUGUGGCAGAACCAAAAAUCAUAAAAAAAACGGACAUAGCUGGUUUUAAACAGGCCCAUGACAAUGCAGCAUCACGCACAAGACCAUCUCCGCUGUCGGUUCCAGAUGCAGUCAAGCAGCAGCAAGACAACGAGAAGCGUCUCGCAGCUGUGGAGGAGAGGAUGAAGGAGGCUGAGCAACAGAAGAAGCUUAUACAAGGAGCUCUUUCUAAACUGGACGACCCAAAAGCAAACAAAGGAAAGCACAUAGUGUUUGAUUCGGAUGACGAAGUUAGCGACGAUGGAGAAACUGCCACACCACAAAUAAAGAAGAGCCUGUUUGCGGACGAAUCUGAUGAUGAAGGCGGCGAUGGAUCUGUAGAAAAAGGAAGCCUCAAACAAAAGGAGAGCAAAAAAGUAGGUGGCAACAAACUGUUUGACAGCAGUGAGGAUGAAGAUGAUGAUGAUGAUGAUGUUGCAGAGGAUGAUCGAUUCCAGAUAAAGCCACAGUUUGAAGGGAAAGCUGGACAGAAGCUUAUGGAGUUACAAUCCAGGUUUGGAACAGAUCCGAGAUUUCAGCUGGAUGCCAGGUUUCUUGAAGACGAUGGCCAAGCAGAGCAACAAGAUGUAGGAGCCAAAGUGUCCGAAGAACAGGAGCUGGAUGAUGAGAAAAAGAAAAACCUGGCUAUCCUGCAGAGUGUUGUUAACAUCUGCAUUCAGCCGAGGACCAGUAAAGAGUUUACCAAAGGCAAGACCUUUAGGGACAUGACAUCUUUGCAUUAUGAUCCAACAAGUGAGGCUCACUCUGCAUUUGAGAAAAAGACGGAAAAGCCUGAAAAAGAAAGUAAAGCUGCAAGGCGAAAGAAACGAGAAGAGGCGAUGAAGCUUCCAGAGGUUUCAAAGGAGAUUUAUUACGAUGUGGCUUCAAACCUGAAAGAGGUGUUUGGGACAACAACAAAAAAGCCAGAUGAAAAGGAGGAACUUGCGUGGGACAAAGAAGAAGAUGAGCAUGAAGAUGAAGAAACCGGACAAGAUGCCCAGUUAUUGUCUGGUUUGUCAAAGAGUGAAGAAGACUCAUCCAGUGGUUUUAAAUUCUCUUUCUUUGGUGAUGAUUCAACAGCUGAAACUCCUAAGAAGAUAGAUGAAUAUAAAAUUGAGACUCUGAAAGGGGCCAAAGUGUCCUGGCAGGUGGACCCUCGUUUCCAGGAUAGCAGUUCUGAUGAAGAGGAUGCGGAGGAGGAGGAGAAGAAGGAAGAGGAAAAUACGGAUCAAUUAGCCUCCACCAGCACAGCAGCUGUUGAGCCAACCACCAGAAAAACCUUCUUUUUUUAUGAAGGGGACAUACGGUUAAUUGAGGGCCCGAGACUCUUCUGCAGACGUCAGAGACUGGAGGAAACAAGACAAGCCUGGGAGGAAGUAAGAACGCAACUCAGACAGGACGUUAGAAAAAUACACAGGGAUGCUGUCAGACAAAACAGAGUAAGAGUGAAAAAUUAAACCACUUGCAGACAAGGACAGCGUGCCGUGGACUUCAGGUGUAUCAUAAAGGAGACAAACUGAACUGAAUUGCUUUCAUACCUGUGAUUUGAUCACAGAAUGUGCUUAAAUUGUUUAUAUUUAUGAUUUAACGUCCUGUCUUUUCUGUGUAAAUAAACUCCACAUUUUCUCCACUAGA